UAGAAAUCAUAAAAUUGUGGCUCUUUCCAAACUAGAAAUGGAUAAAUAUGCUUCUGGAAAUCAAAAUCAAGGACCUAGUCAACCAUCACUAUUACCAAUUUUGAUUCGUGGAGAACAAAUACAAAACGGUCCUUUUCUUAUUACUGUGACGGAUGGUAUGGUUGCACAACGUGAAAGGGAAAAUCAAAAAAUAAUUCAACGUUGGCAAGCAAUUGAAAAACGCAGAAACAUGGAUAUUUCGAAUGAAGAAUACUUUGGAGAAUUUGGAGAGCUAAAAGUGCGAAGGCGAUUUAUCCGUAGAGUUUUCUCUAUCUUGACACUUCAGCUCAUCUUUACAGCUUUUGUUGUGGCCACUUUUAUCUUUGUCGAGAAAGCUAAAGAAAUAAUGUUGACGUAUCGUUAUUUAUGGAUAAUAGCACUAAGUCUUUUCAUUUUUACGUAUCUAUCAAUUUCCUGUUGCGAGUGUGCACGACGAGAAAUUCCUUGCAAUGUCAUAUUUCUAAUUACGAUGACGGCAUCACUGGCAUACCUAACUGCAGCAAUAUCCGUUUUUUAUUCAAUAAAAAGCGUGUUAUUUACAGCAUGUGCUACAGCAAUAGUAACAUUAGUAAUUUGUUCGAUAGCUACCUGUACCAAAUUUGACUUGACAAAAAAUACGGGAUUUUUAUUGAUUGUGAGUCUUGUGGCAAUCGUUGGUUUGUUGGCUAUGUCUAUCGCUUUAUACAUUACUGAAAUAGAAUCUUUGCAAAUUGCUAUUGCUAUUGUCGGUACUCUUCUUAUAUCAAUGUACCUCUUCUUUGAUUUACAAACCAUAAUGGGAGGAAGAAUGAUAGAGAUCAGUCCCGAUGAGGUCGUAUAUGCUACGACGCAACUUUAUAUAGACAUUAUGUUAUUGUAUAGGUAUCUGUUGUUAUUAGGAGGUUUUACGGAAUAAGAAACGAAAUUCGUGUUUUUGUGUAAAUUGAUUGUGUCCUUCCUAAAUUCAAACGACUAUUAAACAUUAUUUUGUGCUUUUAUUAUUUAGUAAUUGAGAAGUA